AUGGAUGAGGAAGUUACUGAAUGGUUGAAGGUGUUGUCUAGGGGACCAAAUGAUGUUGUUAAAAGGUAUUCUGGAUAUGUUAUUAGUGGAUACAGGUUUCAUACAACAAUCCGUGAAGCAAGGCUUAAAACACAAAAUAGUGGUGUGACAUUAGAAGCGGUGACUCAAAUUCUUAGAAAUGCGAAGGAUGAAAAUCCCAAAAAGAUUCGUGUGACUUACUAUGGGGCAAUAAAAGAUAUCAUAGAGUUAGAUUAUUAUGGUCAUGAAAAAUAUGUACUAUUCAAAUGUGAUUGGUUUGUGGAUGAAAAGGAUAAAUAUGGAUCUCCAUCCUUUAAACAAGAACAAACACUAUGUUCUGAAUGCAAUCCUCAAAUUAAUAUGGAGUCAAUUGAAAAUUUGUUAGGAUUAUCUCAUGGAGAUGCUAACAGUUCCCCAAAGAAUAAGACACAACAAUUGCAUUCCUCUACAUCAACUCAUGCUCCAUGUCAUGGAAAGCAAGGUAUCAAUGAAGAUGUAGAAAAUGAUGAUAUCAAUGAUGAAAUUCAAGAGGACGACGUAGAUAGUGAAAUUCAAGUGGACGACGUAGAUGACGAAUUUCAAGAGGACGGUGUAGGUGACGAAUUUCAAGAGGACGACACAAAUCUAGAUGAUGAAUUUCAAGAGGACAUAGAUCUAGAUGAUGAAUUUCAAGAGGACGAUAUAGAUGGUGAAUUUCGAGAGGAAGACGUAGAUGAAGAAUUCUUGGAAGAAGACAUGUGUGAUGAAUUUCAAAAAGACGAUGUGGGUGAUGAAUUCGAAGAAGAAAAACUUAAAUGAGUUGGAUGAUGGAUUUUUUUUUACUUGUAGUUGAAAGCAUUAAACUUGAACUUGUUUUUUGUUAUUUUGUUGAACUAUGUUUUUUGUUAUU